UUUGAAGGUUCAACACCGUUAGAGCUCUUUGCUGCUAACUUGAUCAAGCUAGUUUACAACUACCGAAUUUUCCACUGGCUUUUUAGCACUAUCUCUGGCGACGGCAUGGAUUUUGGAUGGGCUUCAUCAAAUUUUGGAGGCGGGAGACGAAGCGUUUCGCCAGUCUCUGAUGAAGAGAGGGAUAGAGACUUUGGUACAGGAAGACGAUCGAAAGCUGAACCCUGGGAUAAAGGUGUAAGCGGAAAACAGAACAAGACAUUCGUCGAUGGGACCAAUAGGAAUCGUUCGGUCGCGUACAUCUUCACCGACAGCCAGCUGAGACCUGUGGUGCAAGGAGAGGUAGAGCUGCCGCCAGGCCCUGUUCAUAUGAUCAUCAACAGCACUCCAGGUGGGACCUGUCGUCAUGUCGAAGAGGAGCUCCUGGACUUCCAAUGGGAGCUCGAUCCUGACGUUGUUCUGGUUGCCGCAGGGACCAACAACAUUGGCUUCGGCUCCGAGAGCUUGGGCGUUGCUUGCAAGCAGUUCCGUGGUCUUUUGAGAACUGCUCGUCGUAUGACACCCUUGGUUCUCGCCAGCAGCAUCGCUCCCCGUCUCGACAGGAAAGGACGCCUCGUCGACGAGUACAACGACGCUUUUUACAAGAUCUGCAAGGAGGAGGGGGCGACCUGGCUCGACAUCACCGACUCCUUCCCAAUGACCGAGAGGAAUCUCUGGGCCCGUGACGGACUCCACAUCAGCGAAUGCACCGGUCUGCCUCGGCUUUUGAGGGUGUGGCAUCGCAGGAUGGUGACGACUAUGUGGCCCGGUGGUUCGUGAUCGACCCGUCUGCAGGACGCCAUCUGCAACCAAAAGAGAAGUAUCACCUUUUCUCCAAUUAUUCUAUUUAGU